GCCCCGCCCCGCCGCUCUGGGCGGGAAAGGCAGUUGGGCGCUGAGGGAGGUGCCAUGGAGGAGGCGGCCGGUGAGGAGCGGCUGCUGUACACCCAGAGGCUGAAGGCUGCGGUUCACUACACAGUUGGCUGCCUGUGUCAGGAGGUUGCAGAAGAUAAAGACGUGCAAUUCAGCAAACAAACCAUUGCAGCUAUUUCGGAGAUCACCUUCAGGCAGUGUGAGAACUUUGCAAAAGACCUUGAACUGUUUGCAAGGCAUGCAAAACGAAGCACAGUCACUACAGAAGAUGUGAAGCUUUUGGCUAGGAGGAGCAGUUGCUUGCUCAAGUAUAUCACUGAGAAGAGUGAAGAGCUUGCAUUAAAUAACAUGGAGCAAAAGGAGAAGAAGAAAAAGAAGUCUAGUGCAGUUAAGGAAGGAAGAACUUCUGGGGAACAUGAAGCAGCUGUGACUGAAAGUGAAGAUUACAACAUGGCAUGACUUACCUGUCAA